AUGCUGGUCAUGAGAAUGCCCUUUUUCAUGCAGGUUGGUUACUUGCCUAAUACUAAUUGCAUUCGCUCUGAUAACGCUUUUCUGCUUGCGGUGUCGUGCCCCACUGACGCCAUCGAUUGCUUUCGGAAAUCAAUGUUCAUAUUGUGUUACCAGUGUAUCAACGCCUAUGUCGUUUGCCUUCUGUUAGUGUUGGCUGGGGACGUCGAAUUGAACCCAGGACCCGAUGGGAAUAGUAAUCCUCAGCCGUCCCUUGAAUCCAUCGCUAUGGCCAUAUCCCGCAUUGAAUGCUCUCAGAAUACUGUGUUAAGUGAACUAGCGCUGAUUCGCGCCGCUCAGUCGAAGGUGGAGGAUUCGAUUUCUAGCCUUUCCUCGCGAGUCGACGCCCUAGAAAAAAUCGCGGAAACAAAUCAGUUAAGUUGUACAAGCUCUGUAGCCGAUCCCGAUAUGGCUAAACUUUCCUCGGACAUUAAACUGCUUUCGAACAAAUGCGACGACGCCGAGAAUCGUCUUCGACGCACUAACUUGCUGUUUUUUGGGAUCACCGAUAAGCAAGAUGAAACGUGGUCCCAAUCUGAAUCACGUAUCACUUCAUUCUGCUCCCAGGAGCUCGAUAUCACCAUUAAUAGUCAUGAUAUUGAACGUGCCCACAGACUUGGCCGCUACCAGCCAGGAAAGAACCGCCCGAUUAUUGUCAGUUUCUUGAGAUUCAAAGACAAAGGGCAAAUUCUGUCUGCCAGUUCAAAGCUAAAAAAUUCGCCGUUUUCAGUCCGUGAAGACUAUUCUGCGCGUGUGCGCUUGGCAAGGAAGAAACUUUUUUCGUAUGGUAAGCAGAGUACUGCUUUUUUCAAAAUCCGUUUUGAUAAGCUUAUUAUGAACAACAAACAGUUUGUGUACGAUGCUGGAACUGAUUCUGUAGUCGAGCUAAAUUCAUAG